AUGGAUAAGACGCAGCAGCCGUACGUAAUCUACAUGACGAGCGCCCCGCUCACGAUCGCCAUCGACCCGGCGAUGCAGAGCGAUCCGUUCUAUCGUUACAAGAUGAGACAACUGCAGGUGCAGGUCAUCGGAAAUGGCAAGAUGGUCCGCACCUCGCUCACCAAUCUCGAGGAUGUCUCCAAGGAUCUGCAUCUGCCCCCGUCCUACAUCCCCAACUACCUGGCCAAGGUCAUCGGUGCGCAGGCCAAGUACGAUAAGAAGAAGCCUGAACGCGAGAGGGGCAGCAUCUCGGGCGAGUAUCCGCUCCCCGAGCUGAGCGACCAUCUCGUGCGGUUCAUCCGCGAGUUCGUGCUCUGCAAGAAGUGUCGCUACCCCGAGCUCACCUACAGCGGCCAGGGCAACAAGAAGGACGUCCGCAUGGCCUGCCGCUCCUGCGGAUGGAAGGGCCUGCUCACAUCGGUCAAGGACAUGAACGAGAAAUUCAGACGAUUCGCCAUCAACAACCCCCCGCUCAAGUCCAACAUCAUGACUACCAACACCAAGAAGGCCCCUCCCGGCGUCACGGAGGCCAUCGUCGUCAACACCGCCAAAUCAACCGAUUCCGAUUCGGCCACCACCACAUCUUCCUCUGCUUCUUCUUCGAAGAAUGGCGACAAGGCUGCCUCGCCCUCGGAGACCAAGAAGAAGGCCGACGACGAUUGGGCCAUCGACACUUCCGAGGAGGCCGCCAAGGAGCGCAUGGAGACCCUCGUGCCCGACCGCCUCAAGGCCCUCGUCGCCAACGAGAAGGCCAAGGACGAGCCCGCCGCCGAGCAGCUGCGCAAGCUGCUGGCCACCAAGCCCGCCGCCGACCAGGUCGUCAACGACGUCAUCCGCCUCGUCAAGGAGAACUUCCUCGACGACCCCGCCCGCAACGCCCUCAUCUUCGAGGCCGUCUUCUCCGACGUGCUCGGCGAUCUCAAGAAGCUCGUCGAGCGCGUCAAGGUCGCCAAGGGCGCCCUGCAGAAGUUCAUCACCUCCAACCCCGCCAGCCAGCGCGAGCUCAUCGUCGCCAUGGACUCGUUCGCCAACAAGCAGCCCGCCGCGGUCAGGCCCGGCAUGAUGAAGCUCGCGCCCUCCAUCCUCAAGUUCCUCUACGACGAGGAGGUGCUCGAGGAGGAGAACAUCCUCAUCUGGUACGGCGGCCUCGUCAACAAGCCCACCCAGUUCGCCAAGGCCGCCGAGCCCUUCUGCAAGUGGCUCGAGGAGGCCGACGAGGAGUCCGACGGCGAGGGCGGCGAAGAUGAAGACGACGAGGACGAAGAGGGUGAAGAGGAGGAGGAGGAGGAAGUCGUGCCCGAGGCCAAGCCCGUCGACACCGAGACCCUCGCCGAGAUCGACGCCCUCUAA